CAGUCUCUGUGUGUAUACUUUCUGUGGUGUGUACUUUCUUUUUCAACGUACGCAAAUUAUUAUAACUUGUGAUUAACAUUAUUUUUCAAUAAUUUAAUAUAUAAGAUUAUAAAUAAGUGAACUAUGGAAAUGAAUGAAGUAAGCCAAACAAGUGAAGAUAAUAGUAAACCAUUAACUGUAGAAGAGUUCAACUUCGAAUUCCUUCCAAUAAUAUAUGGAAUAAUACGCAGAAUCGAAAAAGAUCAUCAUGAUACUGCAGCUAAGACAAAAGAAUCCCAGGAAUGUGCUCAAAAAGUAUUAGAACUUCAGAAACAUCUAGAUCAAGCAAGAGCACAGAUUCACCAACUCCGCGGAAUUGGAUACAAUAAAGAACAGCAAUUAUCAAAUUUGGAAUCCCUGAAAGUUCAACUGAAACUUAAACAGGAAUUAUUACAGAAAUAUCGAUAUAUGUUUCCAUUCGAUUCUAUGACUUCAAAAUAAAUACACGUUUUUCUGUGGAUAAACGUCAAAUCAUAGAAGAAGCUGAAAUAUUUCAAAGCAUCAACAACAUCAACAAACGAAAUGAUCAGGUUUCUGAUUAGGAUUCUUGCAAAUAAUGAACAAUUAGUGCAAAAAUUAAGUGAAUCUUACCCUAUGAGAAGGGCGGCUCAAAUUAUUGUUAAACUUGCA